UCAAGAACCAGUGGCAACACACAGACAAUAUCAACACAAAACAGAACCUCAUUAUUUUACCAAAUCUUCCCCCAUAAAACAUAAUGGCAUCUUUUAUGAAAUUUCUCUGCGUUCUUGGCCUUUUUCUCCUUGUUGGAACCGUCGUAGAUGGAGCAGGAGAGUGCGGUAGAUCAACUCCUGACAAUGAGGCGAUGAAGCUGGCCCCAUGUGUAGGCGCGGCUCAGGACGCUAACGCUGCCGUACCGGGCGGUUGCUGUGCUCAGAUUAAAAGAUUCUCACAGAAUCCUAAAUGUCUCUGCGCCGUCCUUCUCUCAGACACGGCUAAAGCCUCAGGCGUGCAGCCGGAGGUUGCCCUGACUAUCCCCAAACGCUGCAAUUUCGCUAACCGCCCCGUCGGUUACAAGUGCGGAGCAUACACACUUCCAUGAAGUGUUGAGGGUGCAGAUUCAUGGGCUUUACGAUGAAGCUUUGGAGUUCACUACUACAUCCUAAAAGCCUAUCCCCAUGUAUCGUAUAUUAUAUGAAUAAUGAUAAUGUUUUAUAUGUAUCAAUGUGGUUGUAAUUAAUAACUAUAUCAAUAAUAUAUGAAAUGAUUUCAGCCUACAA